AUGGAGCGUGCUGCCAUUGAAAACCCAAAGACCAAGUUUGUGGCCAUUAACGAACCAUUUAUGGGCCUGGAGUACAUGGCGUAUCUGUUCAAAUAUGACUUAACCCAUCGCAAGUUCAACGACUCCGUCGAGACCAAGAUUGGCAACCUAGUUAUAACUGGUCAGGUUAUUCAAGUCUUCUCCGCACGUAACCCGUCGGGAAUUUCGUGGGGUAAAGCUGGAGCUACGUACGUAUGCGAGUCAACGGGCGUGUUCAUCGCCUUUUAUGUGAUGGGUAUGAACCACAAAGACUAUGACGGCUCGGCUCCCGUCGUGUCAAAUGCGUCGUGUUCGAAGAAUUGUCUCGCGCCCUUGGCAAAGGUGAUCAAUGACAAGUCUGGCGUUGUGGAGGAGAAAGCAAAACUGGCGUGGUGGUCGUGGCUGCGGCCAGAACAUCGUUUCGUCGUCAACGGGCGCAGCCAAGACCGUGGGCAAGGUAUUGAUGGUAAAUUGACGGGCAUUGCUUUCCGUGUCCUAACUUCGGAUGUAUCUGUGAUGGAUUUGACGUGCCGCCAGGAGAAAGGAGCUUCAAUGGAAGCGAUCUAG